AACAACAAAAGCAAAACGAUAUAGGCCUAUAUCAAAGACAAGAAACAACGCCAUUAAUUUAAUUUUAAAAACCUCAACUACUUGGGAUAAGAUGGCAUCAUCAGAAAACGCCAGACCGCCGCUUCAGAACGGCGACAGGCCCAGAGAAGGGAAGGAAGAAGGAAGCGAGGAGGUUUCCUCUACGACGUCUUCAUCCCCGAUGUCUCGCGACGUCGUAAAAAAAUCGCCACUCGACUCUGCGACUGAGAUGAAACCUCUUCUAGCUGAUGAGGACGGCGAUGAUGAUGAUGAGGAUGAUGAGGAGAAGGAAGGAAGGGAGGAAGAGGAGGCUGAGGAGGACUCUGCCAGUUGGAAUGGGUCUGCCGUGAAAUCACGCCCCACUCGCUCGUCUGUGCAUGGCGGGGGUGGGGUAUUACCUCCGCUUGAUUCGCCUCCUAGUUUGGGUCAUGGUGCGGAGAUCAACUCAUUUCCGAAGCUCAGAAGUAACGGCGAAAUUUUGACGCCUGGCGUCGAAGCGCGGCGGCAAGAUGACGCCCAGUCAGCCGUCACAAAACAUGUCAAUCAUAGAUCUACGACCUCUCCUCGCACCGCCUCGCGGCCGUCGCUACCUCAACCCAAUGUGCGCGUCGAGGGACGCGGUGGUGAGAGUGAGAGCAGGAGUCGCGGAGCAGAGGAGGAGGAGAGGGAGGGGGAGGAGGAAGCGAGGAGGAGGAGUAGUGGGAGAAGGCAAGCGAGGAACGCCAGCGGUGAGGACAUGACGCAGAAAACACGGACGCGGGGCGGCGUGGUGGCGUCAUCAGCUCUUCACGCCGGCGACCGUCACGCUAGUGGUAGUAGUGGCGGUGGUUUGUCGGCUGAUCUAGAUCUCCGCCCAGUUGACGCGGGGUCACAGACAGGCCUCGAAGUGGGACUAGAAGAAGUAGAAGAAGAAGAAAUAGAAGAAGAAAAAGGAGUAGGAAAAGAAGAAAAAGACGUAGAAGAAGUAGAAAUAGAAAAAGACAUAAAAGAAAAAUACACAGAAGUAGAAGAAGAAGAAAA